CAUACAUUUCUGACAGCCGCAGGCAGUCACGCGCAUGGGAAAGGUAGAGAAAAUGCGUUGGUUACCUCUGUCGGUCUUAAUUUUAUGGGCUUGUUCUCUACAUUAUUCUUCUGGCCAUACCAGCGAUGUUAAGAAGAUGAAAAUGCAGUUCGCUACGGGUCCACUUCUAAAAUUCCAGAUAUGUGUCUCCUGAGGGUACAAGCGGGUGUUUGAGGAGUACACGCAGGCCUUGUACCAGCGGUACCCAGACAUCCGCAUAGAGGGCGAGAACUAUCUCCCUCUUCCAAUCUAUCGACACAUCGCCUCCUUCCUUUCCGUGUUUAAGUUAGUGCUAAUUGGGAUAAUCAUUGUGGGCAAAGACCCUUUUGCUCUCUUUGGUAUUCAAGCCCCAGGUCUGUGGGUUUGGAGUCAGGAGAACAAGAUAUAUGCUUGCAUGAUGGUGUUCUUCUUCAGCAAUAUGAUUGAGAACCAGUGCAUGUCCACAGGAGCAUUUGAAAUCACACUAAAUGAUGUUCCAGUGUGGUCCAAACUGGAGUCUGGUCACUUACCCUCCAUGCAGCAGCUGGUUCAGAUCCUGGAGAAUGAGAUGAAGAUGAAUAUACAGAUGGAGACACUCCCACACCAUCGCUCUUAACCCCACUUCUGUCCCACCCAGUGGACCAUAGGCCCUCUCCAUAGUGGAAGUGGGGAGUUUUUUCUGUGGCUGUGAGCUGAUGUUUAUGAAGGUUUGCACUGAAAGCAGGAAGACUGUGAGUGCAGGCCUGAAGUCCUGAUCACCCCACGCACCACGGAGACGCCCCAUCAACAAACGCUGGCUUGGGAUCCAUGGCAACGGCUGUGGCCAUCAGGGCUGUCUAAAUGAAUACGGAAAUUUGAACAUUCGUCAAAUGUGGGAGGGAAAAAAAUGCACGUACAAAUGUGAAAAUUGUGCAUUUGAAUAUUUAAACAUGAAUUUGCUGUCUGUUCCACAAUGUUUUCAUAUAUACAUGUAAGCUAUGCAACCCCAGUUUGAAGACCUUGUUGUGGUUUAUGUUAGAUUUAUUAUGUUGCACUGUCCAUUCUUGUCAAAGGUAGUACACCCCCCUCCCCCCAAAAGUGAUUCAGUGAUUCAGACAGGUCCUGACCACUGCUGGAAAACCAUUGUGUGACUGUGUCCACAGCUCGCAUGGAAAGCAGAGACAUGUGUGACAAUACCUAGCAUCUCUGUUAGAGCCAAACCAAAUCUUUAUCUUAGCGAGAAACAUGUUCAACAAGAAAUGCUAGGUAGAUGCAUUCUACCCUCCUCUGUUUUCAGCCAACAGUGUGUAGGAGACUGCUAAAGUCCACCCUCCUGUGUUUUCAGCCAACAGUGUGUAGGAGACUGCUAGAUUGAGCUGAGAGAGAAGAUCACUUUUUCUUUUGUAAUAUGUU